UUAAAAAUGCUUUUUUCAUGCUCAAAAAUUAAGCUUUUUUUUUAUUGUGCCAUAUUGCAAUAUUUUUUUAUUGAAAGUAUUAUCCUUACGCUUUAAUUUCCCGUUUGAUUUUUUUAUUUCGAUAAUUUGUCCCCACAUUAUAAUUUUUUAAACAAAAUAGUACGUUUUCCGUGUUUCACUUUGUUUACAUAACCACAUUGUUUAAACAAACUAUUUUUUACUUGGUUUUCCGAUUGAUUUACAAAAUAGAAGAGUCAAUAUAACUAUACGAAUUGUUUCAGAUUUUUUAAAACAGUUUAACCUAUUUUUUAAUGAGGUGGACGUAAAUGACCCCCGUUUACAGGAUAAAGGUGCCAUAAAAACGUUUACAGGCAAAGGGUUAAAUUACGUAAAUGGAAGCAAUCAGAGUGAGAAAACCAUGUAAACCGCACUUGCGCGUUAUCCAACACAGACGUGUUUCAUGAAUUUUUUAAACAUGAAUUUUUAAUUACUCCAAAUUAAUGCUACAUUGUUCUACUCUAAAUCCAAAAACCACGCAAUCGUUAUCGUUUUCAAUCAUCUCGCGAAGGAUGAGCGGCGAAACGCUUUCCCAACGUUUGAACCUGCCCGCGUCGGCCAAGCUACGGAGCAAGCGUCGAUGUAGCGAUCGACCGACCAACCAGCAGCCGUGAAGCUCCAAAUGGCACAUUCAUUCGUUCCAUUCGGCUUCUGUGGGAUCACUACGAUGUGUAGUUUAUGAAAGUCAGGUACGCUGGUGGACGUCAGAACAGAAAACGCAGAACGCGGGAGAACUGCGUCCGUGCAUUAAGCGUUCGCAAGUGCCGGCUACCGGUGAUCGGGAAGCUUCACCUCGACUUCUUCGACUCCUACGUUGAACAAGUGCCAUCGGACACGUGGUUCAUAAACUCCGAAUUCAUCGCAUUCAUCAGUGAUCAGUCGGCAUGGAAUCCAGGAACUCGUCGAUGCUGGAAUCCUCCAGGGAGGAGAACGUGCUAUCAUACGAGACCGUGAAGAGCACGGUGACGCGAGACGAUCGAAGCGAGUUGGAGACCGAAGAGGGCUUCCUCCUGGUGUCGCAGGCGCAGCAGGAGCGGUACGCUGAAGAGGAGAACGUCGACGAAGCGACGUUAAAGGAGCGGACAGCAGCCCUCGCCUUCAUAAACCUCUGCAGGAUAUGCGCGAACGCGAACGACCACCUGAUCCCGAUCUUCGAGGGCGACGGUGUAGAGCGGAACUUGGCCCAGAAAAUACUCAAGCACCUGCCAAUACGCAUCUCGGAGGACGACAGCCUGCCGUUGCAGUUGUGCUACCACUGCGCUACCACGCUGCUGGCCUGGCACGAGCUGAGCGAGGGAUGCCUGAACGCGGAACGGAAGUUGCUGGGGAUGCAGGGCAAGCAAGAGUAUGACACUCCCGCAAUGUCUCUGGACAAUUUGGAGGUGCCUGCGCCGAUUACAACGAUGGAGACAACCGUUAACAUUGCCAACAGCGAGGCCUCGGAACCGGACCAGCAGGCUGAUGAUAAAACUGAAGCGCGGGGGACAGAAGAAACCGACGAAUCCAACAGGUGUGGCCCGGGGAGAGCUUUCGCGGCACGUAUCACCGCUCUCCGGCCGAGUAACGUCGCGAUAGAGCACGAGAGCGACGUGGCCGGAGGCUUAACCGCGAUCGUGGGCAGCACUACAGAAAACUCGGAAAGAGAGACGCAAGAUUCGUCGGACGACGUGAGAUACGACGAGAGAACGGACUCGAAUGCCUCGCAACGUGAAGAGGAGACUCGAGCAACGAUCUCACGCUCAGCGGACAAGCUCCUGAAGAACUACACCUGCGACAGCUGUCAGCGCGCGUUCAAGAGGAAAUAUCAUCUGAUACGUCACAUAGCAGCCUGCAAACCCAACUCGACCAACGAGAAAAAUGCGUCAAAGCGUACUAGGACGAUGAAGAGAAGAAGGAAGAACGGCAAUUUGACGAAGAGACGAGAAGACUCCGACUGUCGAACGGAAGACGCGGGAAUCGCGAGCGAUGACGGAGAUCGCCGCCGCGUUGCACCAACGAGGUCGCCACGACGGAAACGAUCCGCGACAUAUCCCUGCGCGUACUGCGAGCACGUUGCGGAGAAGCGGAAGCUGCUGAACGCCCACGUAACCGAGGCGCAUCCGGAACUCGCGAAGAGGAGCCGCAAGUCAUUUGUGGCCACGGAUACAGUGACGCGCGCCAGGAUAGAGCACGACGGCAGAGUGUACUAUCACUGCGCCGAGUGCGGGAAGAAUCUGAACUCGCCGUACACGUUCUACUGGCACGUCCGGAUCCACACGGGCGAGCGGACGUUCACGUGCCACCUCUGCGGCAAGCGGUUCCGCGUGAAUCAAGGCCUGGCACGUCACCUCCGCGAGACGCACGACGGCAUCAAGAACGUGGCGUGCGACCUGUGCGGCCGCAUGUUCUCCACGCGACGGAACGUCGAGGACCACCGACGUAUCCACACGGGCGAACGGCCGUACGUGUGCAACGUGUGCGGCAAAACGUUCAAGCAGAAGGCUUCCCUGUUCGUGCACAAUCGCACGCACACCGACGUGUUCCCGCACAAGUGCGGGCACUGCGGCCAGGCGUUCCGCACGCGGCCACCGCUCGUGUUGCACAUCACCAAGCACACUGGUGAGAAGCCGCACGCCUGUGACGUCUGCGGCCGUCGUUUCCGGAUCAAAUACGAGCUGAAGCGUCACCGGUUGAUACACUCCGACGAGAAACCGUGGUGCUGCACCGACUGCGGCCUGUCCUUCCGACAGAAACGCUACUUGGUUAAUCAUAGAAGGCUCAAUCACGAGUCGCCGCGCUGCUCUACCGCUGCUCAAGUCGCUGCGAAAUAAAUGACUUGACUUUCUUUUCAGAUGCACGCGUCAAGCGUCGAGCGACGAGACAGAAAAAUCGAGGAGAGCUAGCGAGAUUAACGUCGAGAAUGCUCAAUCGACAAUAUAUCGCGACUCCGAGCAAGAACCCGCGCAGG